AUGAAGAGAUACCACCACUCCCUCGCCAGCCAGGACUGCCACGUCGUUUGUGAGUAUUCCUACCUGCCCAUCAUGCGGCACUACGUCCUCGAGCGGGACACUGCCGCCGAUGUUGUCCCGCAGUGCUCCGGCUGGGGCACCGACCUCUCGGACAAGGGGCUCCGCAUCGCCUCCGUUUUUAUCAUCCUUGCCGGCUCCAUGCUCGGCGUCUUCCUGCCCAUCGUCCUCGCCCGCACCUCGGCCAACUCCAGGUCGUCCCAGAUGGCCUUUUUUGUUUGCAAGUACUUUGGCAGCGGCGUCAUCCUGGCCACAGCGUUUAUGCACCUGCUGUCGCCCGCCGUCGAGGCUCUGUCGGACGACUGCCUCUCCAACAUUCUGCCCAAGUACGACUGGGGCCAUGUCAUUUGCCUGAUUGCCAUCAUGGUCAUGUUCUACAUUGAGUUGAUGGCGAUGCGCUUCAACUUUAGCUUUGGCCACUCGGAGAGCGGAGCCCACUCGCACGGCAGCCCGGCUCCAGCGUCCAGCGACAUUUCGAAGAAAACCAACGGCCACAGCAACGACCAAGCAAAACUUGCCUCUGGUCGCGCCGCAAGUCUGCACAGCGUCCGUAGCGUAAACUACAACGCCAACACCAACGGCAACAACAACAAUAACAACAACAACGCACCCGGUAUGACCGAGUGGCGGCAAAGCGUCAAUAACAGCGCGCUCAGCGGCCUCGCAGCCUAUGCCACAGCCAACCUGGAGCGCGACCGCGACCCCAACCACGAACCCGACCUCGAGACCGGCACGACCAGCUUAUCGGUCGAUUCAGCCUCCUCGCAAAACAAGAAGGAGGCCAACGCCGCGGCCACUGGCAGCACCGCACUCGACGGUAGCGUCCUGGCCGCUGCGACGACCCGCACGCAAAGUCGCAGCGGCGGCCUCCCCAAACAGCUCAACUAUCCACCAGGCAACGAAGACCACCUCGCCCACGACCACGAACACGUCAACGGCGACUCCCACGCCAACUAUGGCAGCCAGAUUGUCUCGCUGCUUAUCCUCGAGUUUGGCGUCAUCUUCCACUCGCUGUUCAUUGGUCUGAGUCUGGCCGGGUCCGACAACCUUCGCGUUUUGUUGAUCGUCAUCGCCUUCCACCAGUUCUUCGAGGGCCUGGGUUUGGGAUCGCGGCUCGCCGUCGCCUCCUGGCCGUCCAACUGGAAGGCGUGGACGGGAUACCUCAUGGCUUUGGGGUACGGCGUGACCACCCCCAUUGGCAUCGCCAUUGGCCUGGGCGUCAACGCGGGCCUCAACUCCCGUCCCGACCUGGCGCAGCUCAUCAACGGCAUCUUUGACGCGGUCAGCGCGGGCAUUCUCGUCUACACGGCGCUCGUCGAGCUGCUCGCCCACGAGUUCAUGUUCAAUCCGGAGAUGCGCGACGCCAAGCUCAGCGUGCAGAUGCUGGCGUUUUUGUGCGUCUCGGUCGGCGUCGGUCUCAUGGCCCUGCUGGCCAAGUGGGCGUAG